AUGAGGCUCUUCGAAUUGGGUAUUUUUCUAGGAAUAAGUCAUGCUCAGUGGGAGAACUAUAGUUCAUAUGAAGACAUGUUUGGAGAUUAUGGAAAUGAGGUUUCAGCGAUAGGGAGUUUCUUUGAAAACAUCGAGUUCCAGAGUAUUUGCAAGAGAACGCCAGAAGACGAUUUUUUGGUCGGAGCAUUGAAUGAUGUCCGUGGAUUGAUCGAAGUCAUGGACGAGCAUUUUACCGAAUUCCUCACGAACAAGGAUUUUCAGGCCUUCACUCUUGUUGACAUGAUGAAAAUUGCGGAAGGAUUUCUAAAAAACAUGAACAUAAACUGGUGCAACAAGUUCCUCUCAGUCUACGUCCCCGCUAUGGAAUCGGGGGUAGACGAAUUGAAACAAACCACUACCGACUUUGCCGACUCCAUUGUUGGCGUUAUUUUGAACAUUUUUCGAGGACUCGGUGUGAAUCCACAAGUGGACCGACUUGUUGCGAUGCUUGAAGAAGUAAAAGCAUUCAUGUUGGCACAAUCCGAUCUUUUUGGAGAAGCUAAAGACAUUGUCCGGUCUAUCAAGUUAACUGCUUCCGCAGACCCUUCAAAUUUGGAUGACUUUGAUCAGCAAUGCAUAUUUAUGAAUGAAGUGAUGCCGAUCGUUGACAUAGUAAAGCCACUUGCUUUAGGACUUAUUGGCGAAUUCAACAAUGCGUUCAGCGGCAAAGAAGGACUUCUGAGUAUCGGAAAGAUGAUCUAUUUUGAAUACCGUCUUUCAAAACACUUUCUACUAAACGAAAAGGCCUGUACAAAGCUGACAGAAGACGGCGCCAAGCUUAUUGGAGACUUGAUGGGAGAGAUGAAUGGCGUUGAAAAUUUUUUAUUUCAAGUCAAUGUGGAUCAACUCUUGGCAGGUGAUCUUUCUCAAUUGAUGAACAUGGCGACUACUGGAAGAAGACGUAGAGAAGCAGAAAGUUCGAUGAUGAUGAAUGACAUUAUGACGGGGCAGAAACCGUUGACUUACGAUAUUUACAAGAUGAGUCAAAUCGGAGAGGCAGUUCUUAAAUCAGUCCCGAAUAUGGUGAAGACGGUGAAGUCGAACAUGGGCCCACUUUUGGAAAUGGUCGGAAUGGACCAGCAGACAAUCAUCAUGGUGAUGGAUGGAAUCAAAGAAGAGGACUUGCGAGCUUUUGCCGAUGCAAUAUCAGCUGACCUUUCUUCUGCCACCGAAAAGAUGGUCUGUGGCGACGUUAAGAAUUGCGAAGACCUUGUCUCCUUCAAAUCUCAAGCACAAACUGAAUUCAACGAAGCUGUCGAACCAAUCGGACUCUAUGGCGCCGCUGACAAUGACGCCGCUGAUAAUGGCGGUGCUGACAUAGAAAUUAUUUCAUUUACCACUGUUCUUCUCCUCCUAUUUGUAUUUGCUUAA